AUGGGCGCUGCAUUAGGCCCUACAUUUUUUACAGGACAUUUCGAUAUAAAUGAGGCUCGCACCCAACUGCUCGAAGCAAAGGCGACUGUUGAAUUGCGGAACUACAUAUUUGAAAGUGCCGUCGUGGUCCGGCCUGUAUUGAGGGCCAUACAUGGCGGGACCGAGGCUUCUCCGGUAGAACGGUCCGUUUUCACUGUGAUUAGCUUCUCAAUUUCUUCUUCGAAUAUCGCUGACGUCUGUAUCGCUAAAAGAGAUAUCUUACCAUUGAUCCGGCAGCGGGAUCUAAUAUCUGCCGAAGCCGCUGAGCAGGCUUCGGCCUCUUAUCAAGUCAGAGACCAUAUAUUGGAUCUGGAACUUGAGCGUCUUCGCGUUGGUCAGCACAACGCGACCUUGGCUUCGGAACUAUUGCGGUUGUCAAAAACCACCGGCACCCAUAACGUACAAGUGGAUGGAUCUACCAAACUGGGCAGAAAGCUGGGUAAAACCAAGGGUGAGCUACGGGUGAGCCGCCAGAAAUGGAAGACGAUCAAGGGAGCUACGAGUGCACUCGUAGCCGGCACCGGAGUCGAUUGGGCCCGAGAUGAACGGCUUAGAGAUUUAGUCCUCGACCCGCCGGGGUUUUCCACGAAAGGGCCGUAA